AUGGAACAAGAAACUAGACAACGUCCUGUUCGAGCAAAUCGAGGAGAGAAGUUAAAACGUUAUUUAGAAGAAGAAAAGGAAAUAUCGUCAUUCCAGCAAAAGAAGCAUAAACUACAGGAAGACAACAACCUGGAUUCAAAUGACGAUGUUAAUGGAAAUCAAGAACCAGAAAAAAAUACAACUACCAGCACUAAAUCAGGAGAAGUUGAUGAUGAAUUAUACAACGAUAAUGGAGAAGAAGAAGAAGAAGAAGAUGAUGAUGACGAAGAAGGAGAAGAAGAGAAUAAAGAUAAAGCAGAUGAAGAAGUUAGAUGUUUACCAUGUGGGGCCACAACAGAAAAUUACAACGAAGAUGAGGAUACUUUAGGUGAUAUGGUACAAUGUGAUAAAUGUAAAACUUGGCAACAUGCAAAAUGUAUGGGUUAUAAAACAAAAAGAUCAAUACCAGAAGUUCAUAACUGUGAUGUAUGUACAGGGAAACCAGUUACCCCAAUAAGACCAAAGACAAAACCAAAGAAAAAGAAUGAUGAUCAAGAAGAAGCUAAAAAGGGUAAUGGAAUUUCUUCAUUAAAAGAUGAAAAUAGAAUUAGUACAGCAAAAGCAUUUUGUAAUUAUUUUAAAAAGAGAUUUGCCAAUAGAGCUGAGGGUGAAUUAACUGCAUUGGAUAAGUUAAGUGAUGAACAAAGAGAUCAAAAAGCUAAUGAGCUAGCUAGAGAAAUUGAAAGCUUAAUUUUCGAAACCUACAAAGGUGCAUCUUAUACUUCAGAAGGUAGAAGAAUAUUAUUUGUUCUUAAGAAGCAUUUUAUGAAUGAAAUUGUUGAAGGUACCGUAACAUUUAAAGAUGUCUUGCAUAAAACUCCCCAAGAAAUCAACGAAGAUAUUGCCAAGAUUGAGCAACAGAAUAGGGAAAACAUCAAGAACAUUAUCUUGAGAGAGAAUGAUACGUCUCAAAUUAUAAGAAGAACACAUAAAGGUGAUAUUAUCAAGGAGAAUGAAUUUAUACAACCAAAUACUAUCGACGAAAGUUUAGCAGCCAGAAAAGUUGAUCAUCGAAAAUUCUCCGAUGAUAUACUUAAUCCAGGUCAUCUCAUUUCCCAUACUGCCAACGAGUCGAAUAGUUAUCAGAAUCUUAACCCAAGAAUUGUUGAUGAGGAUUCCGAGAGUGAACAUGAAUGUGAAGAAGGAGAUGAAAAUGAAGAUGAAAUUACCAAUAAGGGAAAUAAUAGAGAAAAUUCAAAAUCAACAGAUACUUUAAGUGAUUUGGAAUUAGGCAAAGGAAACAGCAAUGGUAAAGAUGAAGAUGAUGACGAUUUACUACCAUUUUUAUCAGGUGGUGAAGACUCACUUGAGAAUAUACUAGUUGAAAAAAUAAAAGUUUGGACUGGUAGAAUAACUUUCCCUGAAUUUGCUACUUUUAAUGCAGUUGGUGAGUUUUAUGCAUGUACUGAUGAAUCAAAAAGAGAUAAAGAUACUGUGAUUAAAGUUUCUAAAGAAAUAUUGAAUUUACCGGAAUAUGUUGUACAAGGCAAACUUGAUCGAAAUGUUGCAGAUAAUUAUUUAAACAAAGUUAUUAAUUCAAGAGAUUUAUUCAUAGUUGAAAUUUCUAACAACGAGAAUGUAAGUGAUAAGCAAUAUUUAAGAUUAUAUGAAUUUUUAUUACAUAAAAAUAAAGUUGGUGUAUUAGGUAUGAGAUUAAAAUUUGUCAAAGAUUCAUAUUUGAUGCCUAUUGAUUUUAGAGAUGAAAGAUUACCAAAUUACUUACAACCAUUCAAGAAAGAUCUUAGAAUUGGAUUAUAUGCUGUUUUUGUAGUUCAAAGAAAUUAUACCCCAAUUUCUUCAUCAUCAAGAGAUAGUGAAUACAUUCCAAGAGAACAUAUUUCAUCAGUACCAACAUAUCAUCCACCACCUCAAUACAGACAACAACGACAACAACGACAACAACAACAACAACAACAAUUUCAAAAUUUGAAUCAAACAAAUGGUUCUGAUAAUCAAGGAUCAACAUCUAAUCUUGAAGAUAUUUUAAAACUGCUAAGUUAA